UGGCAAGCAAAGCAAAACCCUCCAAAAAUCUCUAUCCCCCACCCACCCACCCACCCCUAAAAGCAGAGGAACAAGAAAAAUAAAAAUAAAAACAGAGAGAAAACAACCCCAAGUUAACAUCAUCAGCAUCAUCGUCCCCCUUCGAUUUUUCUUCAUUCUCCCUUUCAUUCUCACCUACUACCAUACCCACCUCUUCAACUUGCAGAAAAAGGAUCUUCCAUUCUACAAUGCGAGGGCUUUCGAAUGUGCUGUUAUUGAUCAAUCUCCACACUGUAAUCAUCUCUGUUUUCGCUCUCUUCUCUCGUAUCCUGUAGGAGUUUUUCUGGCAAUCUUGUUUUAAGAAGAGGAAAAUUUGGAAACACCCGCAAGUCAUUGUUGCCGGAAUUUGAUUUCCCUGGAAUGGAUUCCUUCAAUGGAACAACUGGGUUUCGCUAUAACCCGAAUUCGAACGCCAUGGGGGACGCGGACGGGGAGACUGAGUUCUCGGGUAUUCUUGAAAUCUAUGUUCAUCAUGCGAGGAACAUUCACAACAUAUGUAUUUAUGACAAUCAAGAUGUGUAUGCCAAGUUCUCCCUUACCUAUAACCCCGACGAAACCAUUUCCACCAGAAUUAUCAAUGGCGGAGGAAAGAACCCGGAAUUCAAUGAAAACUUAGUAAUGGAAGUUACCCAACUCGACGCUGUUCUCAAAUGUGAGAUUUGGAUGCUAAGCAGGGCUAGAAAUCUAAUGGAAGAUCAGCUCUUGGGGUUCACACUUGUCCCAAUUUCUUUGGUUGCUGGUAAAGGAAAGGUCACGCAAGAUUUUAGUCUUUCUUCCACUGAUCUAUUCCAUUCCCCAGCCGGAACUGUGAAAUUGUCUCUUUCUGUGAAUGUAUCCCUGCCCCUGAACUCCUCUGCCAAGUCCUUCUCUGAAUCGGCUGCCAGUUCGUCCAUUACUUCGGAGGUUGUACUGCUCGAUCGAAAGAUAUCAGAGGUUAUGUUGGACCCGGUUGAGUAUUCAAGGGUUGAAUUCCCUGACAUUGGAGUAGCUAGAGAGAACCAGCAGAUGGUCUCUGAGUAUUUUGACCUGGCCAGGCAUGGUUCUGGUCCAAGGCCCGGUUUGGUUGGGCCUGCAUCAUUUCUUCAUCUUGGUGCUCCUCAGCCCGCUGAUGACUAUGAAAUGACUGUGAACUCAUCCGAGGAGAAUCGGGGUGGUUCCCUUUCGCCCAAUGGGAGUAUUCAGAAUUCUGGGUUUUUGAGUUCUACAACAACUAGCUUAAGUGAUGAUAGGAAUUCAGUUGAUUCUGUUGACAAAAAGAGUCGGUUGACUGGUGAAUCAUUGUACUCUCUUAAUGCGUCGAUUACUACUGAAGGUAAUCACAGCUCCGGUGUUUGUCCAGAUACCCCAACCUCAAAAAAGGGGAAUGAAGUCAGGGAUGAAAAAGAGCAGAAUUUCUCAAGCAAGGAAGAGGAGAGCAUCAAAGAAGGGAAUAUGAAUACGGGUUCUGCUAAAUUUGGUCAAGUGUUUUCAGCUCCACUUGGAAACAUCAGUCUAGAUGCUGAGCAGUCUGCAAUGCAGCAGCAGAUAGUUGACAUGUAUAUGAGAAGCAUGCAACAGUUUACGGAGUCUUUGGCAAAGAUGAAGCUCCCAAUGGAUCUCAAUAAAUCGAAAGCUGAAGACAAUGGAGAUGUAAUUCAAAAUCACAAUAGCAAAUUAGAAGUUGAGAAGAAGAAAAAGGAUGGGUCAAGGGUUUUCUAUGGUAGCCGGGCCUUCUUCUGACUGAUGGCUGGCUGCGUUUCAUUGGAGAGUUCUUUUAGCUGCACUCUGGAGUUUAGUAGAUCAGAAUUUGGCUGUUUCUCUGGAAUUUAUGACAUAGAUUUAAUUCCUUUAGCUUUGUUUAACCUCCUUUUUCUUGUUGAUGAGCAUAGCCCCUUGGAUUCAUCCUUGUCUGUUUUAUUAGCUUCCAUAACUUUAGUCCUAUAUUACAGUGUUCUGGCUAUGUGAUUGUGGUUAUGCUCUAUUUUAAAUUUAUUUGGGUGGUUAAUUA